GGUCAGUGUAAGAUUCUUAAUCAAAUCGUUAAGGUCGAUUCCGGUGCCAUCAUGGGAAGCAGCGCGAUACUGCAUUGGAGCUAUCGGGAUUUCCGACGCAUGCCGGAAGUACUUAGAGAAUGUCAGAACCAGUUCGUUGAAGUUUAUCUCAAAGAAAAUUUUAUUCCCGACAUUCCAGUGUGGUUCUGUGAAGAGAUGACACAAAUCACCUUUCUGAGUCUCGCCGGAAACCUCAUCAGGACUGUUCCGGAACAAUUUUCGAAUCUCCGUAAUUUGGAAUUCUUAGAUUUGUCACAAAAUAGUGUGGAAAUCCUGCCGAAUACAUUCGGACAGCUACGCAACCUGACGCGGCUUAAGCUCAACGAUAAUCAACUAAGCUGUUUACCGAAAGAAAUGGGCGAACUCGCAAAGCUAGAAUGCUUAGAACUGGCCAGGAACAAAUUAACCGUCAUUCCAAUCGAACUAGCGAAUUGUGUUGAGUUGAAAGAACUUUUGCUGGAUGAAAAUUACGGUCUUCUAGAGAUUCCCACCAAGAUCUUCACAUUGCCUCAGCUGGAGUUUAUAUCGGCAGAACGGUGUAAUCUGUUUCUGCUUCCCAAUUUGAUGAACGAAGGCACUCCGAAACUGGUGAGACUAUUCAACAAUUUACCACUGAGUCACUACCCUUUAGUGCUGGAGAAAUAUUUGCCCCCGGACUACAGCUUGUACACUUCUACGGAUUUCAGAGGUUCGCACAAACCGCUCAACCGCUUUCAGCUUAUCAACUGUGAAAAAGUCGCUCGCCAUCUCAGCUUUCCAUCGGAUGUGACGUUAAGUCAUCGUGCGAAGGUGACCAACAGCCCAUCAACCCUACUGGAAACGUGUCUGCGAAUCUGCAACUCAUUUAAGAUUCCGGACCACUGGUUACCCUGCGGCUUGGACAAGGUUCUGGCAAACGGCCCCAUCACCCGGUGUGGCAGUCUUCCAUGUUCGAAGCUUAUUUUUUUGGAAUGUGUUCUGGUUCUGUUUAAAAGGUAA